AUGUUCGGUCGGGCACCUCUCGCAGCGACCGUGCCCAAACAGAUAGCAAGUUUUGGCUCUCUGAACCUAGCCAAAGCUGCCGCUUCCUUACAGCUCAGAGGCUUGUCCACAUCGACCCCCGCCCGAUCGGCACAGGGCGUUACGCUUUUACAAGACAAGGAGAAUGGCUUUGGCUUCGCAAGAUCCAACCCCAGGCCAGCAAAGCCGAGGGGCAAAGGAGUCACUGAAAUAAGAGGGCCGUAUUACUCGGUCAUGGGGAAGCGGUACCUAGCAGAUGUACUUGAGACGAUGGGCAACCACGUUGACGGAUUGAAGUUUGCGGGCGGCUCAUUCUCUCUAUUUGAGGAGAAACCACUGCGUGAGAUCACAGAACUUGCUCAUGAGUAUAGCGUUUAUGUCUCCACGGGCGGAUGGGCUGAGCACCUCCUCACCCACCCUGACCCCAACGCCAUGUUUGACCGCUACCUCACCAAGUGCAAGGAUCUGGGCUUUGAUGUCGUCGAAUUAUCCUCUGGCUUUUUGUCGUUCCCAGAAGACGACUGGCUUCGACUCGUCGACAAAGUCCACUCAUACAAGAUGAAAGCCAAGCCUGAACUUGGUAUUCAGUUUGGAGCAGGUGGAGAUACUCCUGCAUCUGGCCUGGAAGCCAUCGGCACUUCAGAUCCAGCCAAAUUAGUUAACCUAGGUCGUAAAUUCCUCGAUGUUGGCGUUGAGCGCCUGAUGAUCGAGUCCGAAGGUAUCACAGAGAACGUGAACUCCUGGCGGACCGAUGUCGUGUCGAAGAUCAUGAAAGACCUUCCUUCCGAGGGAGUGAUGUUUGAGGCUGCUGAUCCUAAGGUUUUCAAUUGGUACGUUCGAGAGUUUGGUAUUGAUGUCAACCUAUUUGUGGAUCAUAGUCAGAUCGUGCAGCUGGAAUGUCUGCGCUCGGGUAUAUGGGGAACUGCCGAUACUUGGGGAAAGAUUGUCUCUUUCCGACCAUAG